UCUUCCCAGGUCCGUGGCCCAGGUCCGUGGCACUCUUCCUGACCACCUGACCACACACACCGUCCCAAUGCCACCAUGCCCAUCAUCAGCAACGCUAACCAUGACUUCACCAACUACUCGGUCAGCAGCGACAACAGCAGCCUGGACCGCUUCUUCACAGAGAUCCCAGAGACAGAGACAGUCAAGGGAGUGUACUAUCAGCGCGCCCAGCUGCACCGCAACAACCCCGACGGGGCCUGGCCAUCUAUCGACCACACCCUGCAGGCCUUGAUCAACGUGGGUGGUAACCGCUACACGUUCCCCUGGACCACCCUGGAGCAGUUCCCUCUCACCCGGCUUGGGCGGCUGCGUCUCUGCUCCAGCCCCGAGGACAUCGCCAGGCUCUGUGACGACUACGAUGAGACCCAGAGGGAGUACUUUUUCGACCGGAGCCCCACAGCGUUCCGGGUCGUCUUGAACUUCCUGGCGGCCGGGAAGCUCCGCCUCCUGCGGGAGCUGUGUGCCGUGUCACUGCACGAUGAGCUGGACUACUGGGGGGUCGACCCCGCCCACAUGGAACGCUGCUGCCGCCGGCGCAUGUUGACACGUGUCGAGGAGGUGGCGGAGCGUGAGCGUAAGGAGGAGGAGUGGAGACAGAGGAGGAUGAAGCUACAGAGGCUCCCCUUGUUGGCUGAGACGGAGACGGGCUACCGCAGGCUGAUGAGCAGGUUGAGAGAGGUGGUGGAGAACCCCCACUCUGGCUUGGCAGGGAAGAUGUUUGCCUGCUUCUCUGUGAUCAUGGUAGCUGUGACAGUCAUCAGCCUCUGUAUCAGCACCAUGCCGGAUCUACGCCAAGAGGAGAGCAACGGCGAGUGUUCCCAGAAGUGUCGUAACAUGUUUGUUGUGGAGACGGUCUGCGUAGCGUGGUUCUCCUUGGAGUUCCUGCUGCGGUUCCUCCAUGCUCCAUCCAAACUAGAAUUUGCCCGCGGGCCCCUGAACAUCAUUGAUGCCGUGGCCAUCCUACCCUACUACAUCUCUCUGGUGGUGGUGGAAAACAACACGACUCUGGAGGAUGGCAGUGCAGGGGCAGGUAGGGGGUACCUGGACAAGCUGGGUCUGGUCCUGCGUCUGAUGCGUGCAUUACGUAUCCUGUACGUGAUGCGGCUGGCGCGCCACUCCCUGGGCCUCCAGACCCUGGGCCUGACCAUGCAGCGCAGCACCCAAGAGUUCAGCCUCCUCCUGCUCUUCAUCACCGUCGGCAUGGCCCUCUUCUCUCCCAUGGUGCACCUGGCCGAGAGCGAGCUGGCGCCCAACGCCGCCACCGCGCCCCAGCACAGCUUCAGCAGCAUCCCAGCUUCCUAUUGGUGGGCCAUCAUCUCCAUGACGACCGUGGGCUACGGGGACAUGGUGCCGAGGAGCAUCCCGGGUCAGGUGGUUGCGCUGAGCAGCAUCCUGAGUGGAAUUCUCAUCAUGGCGUUUCCUGCUACUUCCAUCUUCCACAUGUUCUCCAGGAGCUACCAGGAGCUGAAGCUGGAGCACGAGAGGCUGUGGAAGGAGGAGACGGGGGCCGCUCUGGCCGCCGACAACCUGGAGAACAGGAGGGAAAGGGAGGCGGAGAGGGAGGCGGAAGUAGAGGUGAAGGCGGAAGCUGUCGCGGAAACGGACAGCUACUGGCCCAGACGCCAAGACUUUGUGGAGUCUCUGUGCCAGUCCCUUGGAGGAGGGAACGGAGGGAUGACAGAGGGGCAGCAGGCUACGCUCCCGGCUGGGGGGAACAGAGAGAUGACAGAGGGGCAGCAGGCUACGCUCCCGGCUGCAGCAUUCUGAUCUGAAGAAGGAUACCAGACCUGAUGCUUACUCCGACACUGUAAAAAGUGGGAUGACACUGUUGUUCGUCUGAAUUGCUUUUUCUGAUUGGUAUAAUAGAAAAUUAGGCUUUGGUUCGUUCAACUUGUUCUAUGCUAUUUGUCUGAAAUCAAAUAACACAUUUGAGAGAUCAGUUUUCUUAUUUUUUCAAUAUUGUCUCAUCGCUGCAAAUCCCCAACGGGCUCGGGAGAGGCGAAGGUGGAGUCAUGCUUCCUCCGAAACAUGACCCGCCAAACCACGAUUCUUAACACCCGCCCGUUUAACCCAGAAUGCAGCCACACCAAUGUGUUAGAGGAAACACCGUUCAACUGACGUCCAGGGUCAGCCUGCAGGCACCCGGCCCACCACAAGGAGUCGCAAGAGCGCUAUGAGCCAAGUAAAGCCCCACCGGCCAAACUCUCCCCUAACCCGGACGACGCUGGGCCAAUUGUGCGCUGUCCUAUGGUACUCCUGGCCACGGCCGGUUGCGGCACAGCCCAGUCAGCCUUAGACCACUGCUCCACUCGGCCCGGGAUUUUUUUAAUUGAAUGAAAUCGAUAUUCUUAUUGCAUAGUGGUGGGUGCAAUGUAGCGGUGGCAGCCUAUCAGAGAAGUUGUAGCCAUGGCCUAAUGGGGGGGCAUGGUUUUCAGUUUGUUAAUUUUGGCCACCCGUGAGAAUGAAUGUCAUUCUAGGUAAUGUGUUCUGUUUUUAAACGUUUAUAUGUUCACUGCCAUCACUGAAGCUGAAAUGAUAUCUGCGUAAGUACUGUGACACUAAAGAGCCUGGAAGAGUUCCCGUUGACGAGAUGGACACCAUUUGGUUACGAUAUUAUAUAUAUAUACUGGUUACGGUAACCAGUAAAUGUGAAAGUCUUAUAUAAAGAGAGUGUUUGGAGUCAUUAUUUCAUGUUAUGGAACCAACUAAAUAUGUCGAGUAGCCCUUUACACUCGUACCUGUAUAUGAAUUCAAAAUGGCAGAUUUGGAAACUGAUAAGCGCCUAAAUGGGAAUGCAGUGGCUGUACAGUAACAUGCUAUACAUGACGUCAGAGCUCAGUGGCUGUACAGUAACACGCUACACAUGACGUCAGAGCUCAGUGUCUGUACAGUAACACGCUAUAGAUGACGUCAGAGCUCAGUGGCUGUACAGUAACAUGCUAUACAUGACGUCAGAGCUCAGUGGCUGUACAGUAACACGCUAUAGAUGACGUCAGAGCUCAGUGGCUGUACAGUAACAUGCUAUACAUGACGUCAGAGCUCAGUGGCUGUACAGUAACACGCUAUACAUGAUGUCAGAGCUCAGUGUCUGUAAAGUAACACGCUAUACAUGACGUCAGAGCUCAGUGGCUGUACAGUAACAUGCUAUACAUGACGUCAGAGCUCAGUGGCUGUACAGUAACAUGCUAUACAUGACGUCAGAGCUCAGUGGCUGUACAGUAACACGCUAUACAUGAUGUCAGAGCUCAGUGUCUGUACAGUAACAUGCUAUAGAUGACGUCAGAGCUCAGUGGCUGUACAGUAACACGCUAUACAUGACGUCAGAGCUCAGUGGCUGUACAGUAACACGCUAUACAUGACGUCAGAGCUCAGUGGCUGUACAGUAACACGCUACACAUGACGUCAGAGCUCAGUGGCUGUACAGUAACACGCUAUACAUGACGUCAGAGCUCAGUGGCUGUACAGUAACAUGCUAUACAUGACGUCAGAGCUCAGUGACUGUACAGUAACACGCUAUACAUGACGUCAGAGCUCAGUGGCUGUACAGUAACAUGCUAUACAUGACGUCAGAGCUCAGUGACUGUACAGUAACACGCUAUACAUGACGUCAGAGCUCAGUGGCUGUACAGUAACAUGCUAUACAUGACGUCAGAGCUCAGGGUCUGUACAGUAACAUGCUAUACAUGACGUCAGAGCUCAGUGGCUGUACAGUAACACGCUAUACAUGACGUCAGAGCUCAGUGGCUGUACAGUAACACGCUACACAUGACGUCAGAGCUCAGUGGCUGUACAGUAACACGCUAUACAUGACGUCAGAGCUCAGUGUCUGUACAGUAACAUGCUAUACAUGACGUCAGAGCUCAGUGGCUGUACAGUAACACGCUAUACAUGAUGUCAGAGCUCAGUGUCUGUACAGUAACAUGCUAUACAUGAUGUCAGAGCUCAGUGUCUGUACAGUAACAUGCUAUACAUCGUCAGAGCUCAGUGGCUGUACAGUAACAUGCUAUACAUGACGUCAGAGCUCAGGGUCUGUACAGUAACAUGCUAUGCAUGACGUCAGAGCUCAGUGGCUGUACAGUAACAUGCUAUACAUGAUGUCAGAGCUCAGGGUCUGUACAGUAACAUGCUAUGCAUGACGUCAGAGCUCAGUGGCUGUACAGUAACACGCUAUACAUGACGUCAAAGCGCAGGGUCUCUUCUGAACAGAUCUGUUUUUGACUGACAGCUGUUCUGAAAUUGAGCACCGCACGCGACAAGAAGUGGCCCCCAUCCCUCCUACUAAUUGGGCAACUUUUACCAUUUUUCUGUUUUGUCUGAGUGAGGGAAAUGCUGUAAAUUUCGAGGACUCUAUAUAUUUUUUAAGAUUAGCCAUUGAGGAUUAGAAUAAAUACCGCUUCGCCCGUCAUUCAAGUAAACCAAACACCCGUGACUCAAAAUGUGUACUUCACAUUUCCAUAUCAUAGAACUCAUGUCAUAUACAGUUGUCAACGUUUAUGAUCACUAUGUUUGUUGUACAGUUACCAGAUGACAUGGGGUUAUACCCUGGGUUGUCCUGAACACAAUGAGCCUGUUUGAUGUAUUGUGAAGAUUUGCUGCAGACCACGCAUCUGAAUGCACAUCUGAAUCCUUUCUAUGCCACCAAAAUUAUGUAUUUUUAGAAAAAUUUAAAAAUAUGUAUUUUUAUUGAACUAGGCAAAGUCAGUUAAGAAAAAUGUCUUAUUUUCAAUGACGGCCUAGGAACAGGGUAUAACUGCCUUGUUCAGGGUUAGAACGACAGAUUUUUACCUUGGGGAUUCGAUCCAGCAAACUUUCGGUUACUGCCCAACGCUCUAACCACUAGGCUACCUACCGCUCCACUGGAAGCCAAACACUGUAACAUCGUAUUUUAUAAUUUAGCUAGUCAUGUUGGCAAUAGAACAAGCUUUGAAAUGAUGCCCACCUGACCCAGAUUCCAAAUAUAAUGAACCGUUUUGUGAUUGCGUAAACAACAACAGUAAUUGUAUAAAGGCAAUGACGCAGGGCUGAGUUCCAAAGACAACAACUACAAGUUGGCUUGCUCUACUUCCUCAACGGCACAGCUAGGAGACCUCAAAAAGCACUUUACAGAUGAAAACUCUUCUUUGACUCAUAAAAGUCUAUUGAUAUUACUUAGGAACUGUGUACAGUUUGAAGAGGUGUGUGGCCACUUGGAAACACUAAGUUAGACCUCUCACUCAAACCCUUGUCAUUUUUUUAGUCUUAUGUUGCACCUACCCACAUUUUUACAAGAAUAUUCUUAUCGUCAUGUUACUGAAUGUAUCCAGAGUAUUCUCAGAUUUCGUUGUCAACACAUGCUGCGAAAAGUACAGUAAAUGUAAAAUGUACAUAAAAUCAAGUGUAAUAUUUGGAUUCAGUCUUGUGUCAGAUUAACUGUUGUGUCCCCACCUUUUAGUCUAAUCAUUUCCCCAUAAUCUCUACUGUUCCCUUUUAGUUUCUACCGUGAGUUUCCCUAUUUCUUCUGUGGGAACCAUUUCAAUUUAGCGCUAUCCAUAUAGGAAAAUUCCCACGAGUGUAAAGGGGUUAAAAGGAAAUGUAUUUACUUGAAUGCAACCCAAUUAAACAUAGUGAAAAAUCUACUUGGUACAACAUGAAAAAAUGGGUUGUAUAUAUAUAUAUAUAUAUAUCACUGUUUUUUUUAUCUCCUUGAUGCAAUUUUCACAAGUGUGUGGUACAUUUUCACAACUCUGACAUGUUGACCACACCGCUCACGUCACAAAAUAAAUGUACACAUACAUGUUCUCAAUCAUUGCACACAUGCUGCUCGCGUGCGCCAAUGAGCGACUGCGUAGCCAGGCGCUAAAAUUGAACUUGGUUCUACUUGUGACGCUUAAUUAAUGCACUGAAGUCCGGGCUCUCCCAUCUCCUCAUUGUAUUUUAGGAGUAUAUACCCACGUGGGUGAUUGAAAGAUGAACUGACGUCCAUACUCCAGUCCUUUUCGUUGUGGUAAUGCACCUUAGAGUUGGUUGCCAACCGCCAUAUAAAGACCAAAGAAGAAGAAGCCUGAAGGAGGAGAGAUCACUAGAAACAAACUCUGUUUACCCUUUUAUGUGUGGAUUAAUUGUCAGAGUAGAGGACCUUGUGCAUUUCAGGUAAAAUAACAACCCAAUGUUUACAUCCCAGGAUAAAUUAGCUAGCAACAGCAAGCUAGCUAGCUGAAUUGCCAUAAAUGUUUAAUGCUUUUCGACCUCUCCCCAAAUUAAUAUAAUUGGUUCAGAGCUCGUUUUGACAUUUCAACGUGCAAGUCCUGAUCUCGUCUGGUGUGGGGGGGGCAAAAUCAAUGCUCUGGCCAGCAUGUUAGUACAAAACUCAAAACAGAUCAUCAAAAAGACAAAUCAUACAGUCACUUUUUUUCACUGAACUUAAUCAGUGUUUUCUAGAAAUGCAUGUUUCAUAUUGCAAUACAAUGCUCGUAUAAAGUAAUUGUCUUUCGCAAUGCAAUGCUCACAUUACUGUUGAUAUGGUUCCCUCCUCUUUU